UGUGUGUGCAGGUUGCAGCUACAUGACAGAAUCCAGUAGAAAGAAACAAACGAAACAACCAGUGGAGGUUGAGGUUCAUGUGAUCGUGAGGGCUGCAGGCUGCCAGCAGCUUGUGCACAGUUACACCAGAGAUAGACUUCCUUCUCGGAGUGCUUCAUAAAAGCCCCCCACCUCACUGCAAUAAAAGGCGUUCGAGGUAUUUCAAAGUUGUGCUGCCUAUUCAGUACUUGUUCUCAUGUUUGGAAAUUCUGAUCGUCAGAAUGGCUCAGAGAAGAAGAGAUGACGUUUUUAGUACGCGCCACAUGGACACCGUGGCUAGAAAAGAUGGUGGUGGGCAAACAGUCAACAUCGUAACAUACAACGUGCUGUCAGACAAGUUGCUUUUCAAUAAUCCAGACCUUUACCCGGAUAGAAACGGCCCAUAUCUGAACUGGGAGUAUCGCAAGGGGAGGCUGCUGAAGGAAAUACUGUCCUACAAGGCAGAUAUUGUGUGCCUGCAAGAGGUUGAGCAAAAGCACUUUACGGAGCAUUUCCUUCCUCGCCUCCGGGACCAGGGUUAUGCAGGCGUGUUCAUGUCACGGACAGGUAGGAAAACUGAUGGCUGUGCAACCUUCUACCGUACGAGCUGCUUUAAAUUAGUCGGCCAGAAGUUUGUGGAGUACAGGAAGAAAGACUGUCAUCUACUGGACCGUGAUAAUGUUGCCGUGCUGCUCCUAUUGGAGAGCGUCUCGCCGAUGGGUUCUCGUAGAGGCAGCCCUCCAGAAAUGCUGUGUGUGGCGAAUACACAUUUGCUCUUCAACCACAACCGUGGUGAUGUCAAGCUGGCCCAGGUAAUGGUAUUGUUGGCGGAAGUGGAGCAAAUGGCGACUUUGAUAGGACCCGGUGGCGUUCACACACGCUGUCCUGUGCUGGUAGCUGGAGACUUUAACGCGCGUCCGAAUAGCCCACUGCACCAGUUGGUGCUUCGAGGUAAAUUAAAUUACAGUAACCUGAAUGCCAAGGAGAUUGAUGGUGAGCAUGCUCAUGUCUCUGGAGCUCGGGACUCACUCAGAGAAAUAGCCGCUGGUAGGUCCCAUUUUCUGCCAGAACGGCUAGGGAUUUCUAAUAACUGUUGUUUUGAACGAGCACCUUGCUCGGUCCAUCACACGCUAAGACAUUCCAUGUGCCUGGACUCAGCAUACCGUCACUCGCCUGGCGAGAACAAAUUCACCACGCUGCACCUACGUGCUUGUACAACGGUGGACUACAUCUUUUUCAGCAGCCAGGCGCCUAGUCCCAGUUGGUGUGAGACCAGCAGUCCAGUGGCGUAUCGGCGCACACUGCGUCUCUUGUCUGCUCGCCAACUGCCCUCCCAGACUGACGUCAGGAAGGAAGAGGCACUUCCCAAUGAUGUACAAUCAUCGGAUCAUGUUGCAUUGCAGGCUACAUUGCAGUUCACUGAUGCGCUGCACUAGACCAAUAAGGCAAUAACUAGUCUCACAUAGAAGUAGGUACCCUGGACCUACUAUUAGGCAAGGGUCCUAGAUCCUCCACCCAUUUCACUAGUUAAGCAUCGGCUCGCACUCUGCUCCGCUACAUCAUCACCGUGUUAACUGUCAUACUUCCUCAAAGUAUCAAGAUGCUGCUGUGUACUGGCGACACAGCUCCACACCCCGGUAUCGCACAGCUUUGUAGCCGCAUUGACAUCCACAACUCCUGAAUACUUUUAUCAUGCCUUCGACUAAUUCCACUGGUGAUUACUUUUUAGUUCUUUUUAGCGGUUUUUGUAACACUUGUGAUAGCUAACCUUUUAGUUGCAGUAUCUAGUACCUGACUUAGCACCUACCCAACUGAAUGCACUAGAGGAUGUGACAUUAUAGGUUUUGAGUUGAAUUUUUAAUUAUGACUGUACUCUUACUUCUUUAUCUGGGAUCGCCUUCCCAGCUUGUAGUCAUUAUCACAGGUUUGUUGCCACUAUUGAUUAUUUUAGUAAUGCGUGCCAUGUGUUUGUUUGAAGCAAUAUUCAUGCCUGACGCAGCUCAGACAAGAUGGAUGUGUGACAGUGUCCGUGUGCACGCUUACAGCUUGCUCCGGUGCUGUCGAUCUGGUUUCAAUGGCCACCGCUUCACUUCAUGUCCUGACCUCGUACCUUACCACCGAGCUACCGUAUGCUACACUGCUGCCAGUGAACUACCGUCCUCCGUCUUGCCGCCCUGCUGUGCUACCCUCUACAAUAUUCAUCUGACUAGUGAACUGUAGGCUACACACAAGCAGCAGGUACUAUUGCUGCCAUAGUGCCCAAAACACAACGUGUGGAGCUGGCUGCACACUGUGGACAAGAUGGAACAAGUUAUUGGUUGUUACAAGUAGCUGUUACUCAGAGUUUCACGCCAAAGUCUGAUCAUCAGACUGCUGUAGGCUAGUACUUAUGUCUAGUGGGUUUAUUUUAUUACCAAUCUGUGCCUAUCAUUUUACCAUUAUGUACCAUCUGAAUCGUUGUCUGGGUUUUUUUUCUUUCGGCUUUCCCCAGGUUGAGGUGUGCACAUUGCUUUUUAAAUCAUCCAUCAAAAAUUUCCAUUUGUAGCUAGUGUGAUUAUCUCCACAAUGAAAGCACGGUACCACACAGUGA